AUGGAAGGAUUUCUCUCUGAAUCUGAGAACAGUGAUCUGGAGAAGGAUUUGAAUGAUGAACCUGUAUCGCCAGGCAACCCAUUGUGCCCUGUGAUCAAACUUUCUAAUGAAAAGAGGAGAGAACUUAGGAGGCCAUGGCGGAACUCGCUUAUCGUUAAGCUGUUAGGCAAGAGAAUUGGUUUGAACCUACUGAAAGAUCGACUAGGCAAGCUUUGGCAACUCUCUGGAGAAAUUGAUGUGAUUGAUCUAGACUAUGAAUUCUUUGUAGUCAGAUUCUCCAAUAGAAUCGAUUAUGCACAUGCCUUCUCUGGAGGUCCCUGGGUCAUCAUGGGGCAUUACCUCGUGGUCCAGCAAUGGCGUCCUAUGUUCAUUCCAUCCAAGGGUGAACUAACCAGAGUUGCAGUUUGGCUCAGGAUUCCUGGAUUUCCCGUAGAAUGCUACGAUCAAGAAGUUCUCCAGGAAAUUGGAAAGAAUGUUGGCAGAUUCGUGAAGGUAGAUGACUACACUUGGAAAACCAUGGCAGGAAAAGGUCAAUCUGGAACCACAGCUGAGCGCGCAAAAUUUGCUAGGAUUUGCGUGGAAGUUGAUCUUAGGAAGACCUUGGUGUCUAAGUUUGUCUUUGAGGAGGAAGAAUUCAAGAUUGAAUAUUGA